AUGGAAACUGGAAGAGCUGGGGCCUGGGGCCUGGGGCAAUGGAAUAGUAGAAUCGGAGAUGGAUCGACAACUGGAAUCGGAGCUGGUGGAGGUGGAAUCGGAGCUGGUGGAGGUGGAAUCGGAGCUGGUGGAGGUGGAAUCGGAGCUGGUGGAGGUGGAAUCGGAGCUGGUGGAGGUGGAAUCGGAGCUGGUGGAGGUGGAAUCGGAGCUGGUGGAGGUGGAAUCGGAGCUGGUGGAGGUGGAAUCAGAGCUGGUGGAGGUGGAAUCAGAGCUGGUGGAGGUGGAAUCGGAGCUGGUGGAGGUGGAAUCGGAGUUGGUGGAGGUGGAAUCGGAGCUGGUGGAGGUGGAAUCAGAGCUGGUGGAGGUGGAAUCGGAGCUGGUGGAGGUGGAAUCAGAGCUGGUGGAGGUGGAAUCGGAGCUGGUGGAGGUGGAAUCAUCGGAGCUGGUGGAGGUGGAAUCAGAGCUGGUGGAGGUGGAAUCGGAGCUGGUGGAGGUGGAAUCGGAGCUGGUGGAGGUGGAAUCAGAGCUGGUGGAGGUGGAAUCGGAGCUGGUGGAGGUGGAAUCGGAGCUGGUGGAGGUGGAAUCGGAGCUGGUGGAGAUGGAAUAGUAGAAUCGGAGAUGGAUCGACAACUGGAAUCGGAGCUGGUGGAGGUGGAAUCGGAGCUGGUGGAGGUGGAAUCAGAGCUGGUGGAGGUGGAAUCGGAGCUGGUGGAGGUGGAAUCGGAGCUGGUGGAGGUGGAAUCGGAGCUGGUGGAGGUGGAAUCGGAGCUGGUGGAGGUGGAAUCGGAGCUGGUGGAGGUGGAAUCGGAGCUGGUGGAGGUGGAAUCGGAGCUGGUGGAGGUGGAAUCAGAGCUGGUGGAGGUGGAAUCAGAGCUGGUGGAGGUGGAAUCAGAGCUGGUGGAGGUGGACUCAGAGCUGGUGGAGGUGGAAUCGGAGCUGGUGGAGUAUCCUGGUGGAGGUGGAAUCGGAGCUGGUGGAGGUGGAAUCGGAGCUGGUGGAGGUGGAAUCGGAGCUGGUGGAGGUGGAAUCAGAGCUGGUGGAGGUGGAAUCGGAGCUGGUGGAGGUGGAAUCGGAGCUGGUGGAGGUGGAAUCGGAGCUGGUGGAGGUGGAAUCGGAGCUGGUGGAGGUGGAAUCGGAGAUGAUGGAGGUGGAAUCGGAGCUGGUGGAGGUGGAAUCGGAGCUGGUGGAGGUGGAAUCGGAGCUGGUGGAGGUGGAGCUGGUGGAGGUGGAAUCGGAGCUGGUGGAGGUGGAAUCGGAGCUGGUGGAGGUGGAAUCGGAGCUGGUGGAGGUGGAAUCGGAGCUGGUGGAGGUGGAAUCGGAGCUGGUGGAGGUGGAAUCGGAGCUGGUGGAGCUGAUGGAGGUGGAAUCGGAGUUGGUCGAUGUGGAAUCGGAACCGGUAGAGCUGGAAUCGGAGCCGGCGAAGGUGUAAUCAGAGCUAGAGGAGGUGGAAUGAGAGCUGGUAUAGAUGGAAUCAGAGCUGGUGGAGGUGGAAUCGGAGCUGGUGAAGGUGGAAUCGGAGCUGGUGGAGGUGGAAUCAAAGCUGGUGCAGGUGGAAUCGGAGCUGGUGCAGGUGGAAUCGAAGCUGGUGCAGAUGGAUCGACAACUGGAAUCGGAGCUGGUGCCCGGCGCCUCAGAGCUGGUGGAGGUGGAAUAAAAGCUGGUGGAGGUGGAAUCAGAGCUGGUGGAGGUGGAAUCGGAGCUGGUGGAGGUGGAAUCAGAGCUGGUGGAGGUGGAAUCGGAGCUGGUGGAGGUGGAAUCAGAGCUGGUGGAGGUGGAAUCGGAACUGGUGGAGGUGGAAUCGAAGCUGGUGAAGGUGGCAUCGGAGCUGGUGGAGAUGGAAUUGGAGCUGGUGGAGAUUGA